AUACUAUAUAAGGCGGAUCAGUACGUCAAUCCGCACAGUUGCACUUAAAUCUUGAACUGUACGACCCGCCUUUAAAAAUGAAAUUCCUCAUUAUCUCAGCCCUAGUGGCGUGCGUCUGCGCAGACGUAUCACACAUUGUCAAGCAUGACGAGUCGCAGGCCAAGAUCCUGAAGCAGGAGCUCGACGUUGGCAGCGAGGGACAAUACAUCUGGUCUUAUGAGACCGACAACGGUAUCGCUGCGAGGGAACAGGGCGCUCUCAAGAACAUACCCGGAGCUGAGGUACCAGCUCAGGUAGCCCAAGGAGAAGCGAGAUGGACCGCUCCCGACGGCCAAGUCGUCCAGUUCCAGUACACAGCUGAUGAAAACGGCUACAAUGCUCAGGGUCCCUUCAUACCCACAUCUCCUCCAAUCCCAGCGGAGAUUCUGCGCUCAAUCGAGUACAUUCGAGCGCAUCCACCCAAGGAGAACUAAUAAUUGUAAAACAACCAAUCUCCAAUCUUAAACCUAGAGCGAGACAACAUUAGUUUUAAACGCCCGAGACAAAAAGAGAUAACGAAUAUCUGUCAGCACAUACAAGUACAGUCGGUUCGAAUCGCUUGUGUUUUUUAUUUUAAGCCGAACUAGAAACUGCUUUAUUAAUACAGUUAUACCGUUGGAGGAAUAUGAGGGUAGGGGAGUCAGUCCAGGAAGGAUGGCGUUUUGAAGUUAUCAUCGGAACUUUCAACGUCUAUACGUUUUGCUUUAGAGAACAGUGUAACCGAUUCUUCUAUUCUCCAAUGGUAUAAAACAUAUCCAGGAGAUUGUUGGUUUUCUUACGUUCGAAU